GAUCGCUAUGGGGCUUUGGCGGGCGUUGCUGGCGUUGCUCCUGGUGGGGGGCUCCUCCGGCUCCUCCCCUCGCAUCAUCCGUGUGGGUUACUCUUCUGCGACUGAGGAUUGCCCGAGACUGCCACGCUUCUCCGCCGAGGGUUACGUGGACGAUCAGCUCAUCACUCGCUACGAAAGCCACACCCAGAAGAUGCAUCCUCGGGUCGACUGGAUAAAUACGUUGGAGAAGGACGAUCCCAAAUUCUACAACAGGUACACCUGGAUUUUGCAAAAAGACCAGGGCGACUUUCAGGAGGAUGUGAGGAUGCUCCAGAAACGCUAUAACCAAAGUGGAGGGUUUCACAUUGUCCAGAUGAUGAUCUUCUGUAAAGUAGAGGAAGACGGGAAAAGGAGCGGAUACUGGCAAUACGGCUACGACGGGCGGAAUUUCCUCCAGUACGACAUGGAGACCUCCAGCUGGUUCACAGCCGACAAGGAAGCCCUGGUAAUCAAGGAGAAAUGGGAGCAGGAAACCGCCAUCAAGCAGCGCUUCAGGGACUACCUGGAGAACAUCUGCAUUGAGUGGCUGCAGAAGAACAACCACUACGGAUCGAAGUCAUUCUUGAGGAAAGAGCCCCCGGUGAUGACGAUGAGCAGCAGGACGGCGAUGGAGGAUGGGAUGGAGACACACAUAUGCCAAAUCCGUGGCUUCUACCCCAAGGAGAUCGAUGCCUCCUGGAGGAGGGAUGGGGAGGUCUGGGAGGUGGGAACCUACCGUGGGUUUCUGGCCCCCAACUCAGAUGGGACCUACUACUACUGGAUCAGCAUCCGGAUCGAUGCCAAAGAGAGGGGCCGCUAUCGGUGCUACGUGGAGCACGACAGCCUGCAGGAGCCUCUGGAACUGGCCCUAAAGGAAUCCACUUCCAACCUGUGGCUUAUCAUUGGUGGUGUUGCGGGUGGCAUCGUAGCGUGUGGAGUUGCUGGGAUCUUCAUAUAUCUCAGAUUCAAGAAAGGAGAUGGUGAGCCAAGGAAUGAGCCGCCUUGUGAACAUUCACUUGUGGCCAGUUUGCUGAGCAACCGUUUGAAGUCUGAAGUGAAGUGAGAUGGGAGCACAGGAAACGUUCCCACAUGGCUCUUUGUCCGUGUCAAGAUGAUGACUUCCUGGCUAUGGAGGAGCUAUUCGGAGUCCAAUUGAAUUGAUGAAAUGUUUGCAAAUAUAUUCAGAUGUUUCUAAGCUUUUUAACUGCUGGGAUAUUUACCAAGUAGCAAAAGUUAGGCCAAGUUCAACACAAUGUGGCAAACAAAACAAGGCUUAGAAAUCAAGGUGGCUGUGUUCACAUAGCUGCUGCGUCAAAAGAAAUAAAUAUAUAGUUUAAGAUGAAGGCCUUCUUCUGCGCAUGUCCAAGAUGGCCGCUUGCUGAGAUCUCGGAGUGGCAGAAUGAGCGACUCCCGGCUGACGGAACAUCUUGGCCACCGACCUGGCCGAUUCUCCCCUCAGGCCCAAUGAUAAGAGCAUUCAGGCAGCCGCGGGAGAGGUUUUUUGCCCUCUCAGGGUCCGCGGCUGCCGAGAACGAGGCCGAGGGGAGUGAACGGUGACUGGCGGCGGCCAUUUUGGUGCAGGGCCUGGAGGGGGCGGCGUCUCGGCCGAGAACCGCCGCAACGGAGUUGUUUCCUGGCGUUUUUUGCCGGGAAUGACGUAUGGAGCCCUCCGGUCCAUCGUGAAGGGCUGCGGGGGCGGAGGAGGCAGAAGAGGCUGAACUCCGCCACAGCAGCGUUUUUUUUUCCUGGCUUCUUUGCCGGCAACGACGACGGCGCCCUCCGGUCCAGCAUGGAGGGCAGCAGCGACGGAUUCGGUGAGGAGGCAGACCCUGUAAGGUCCCCCCACACGGAGAGAGCGUGUUGGAGGGGGGGAUACCGAGACCACAGCUGGGGUGGUGAAGAUGGCCGCGGCAUCAUCCGGGGUAAUUAGCCUCUGGGUGGUGAUGGCGGCGGUGAAGCUCCCUCGGCUGUGGAUUCGGCUAAUUACCUCCUCUUCGCCCUUUCCCCUUGGUAUAUUUUCCACCUGGACCUUAUGUUGCUAUCUGCUUGCCUACGGUCCGGACUUUUGGACCAAAUGGACCAGGCUGGGAGCGAGGUAUAGGAAUUGGUGUACUCCGCCUGCAGUGGUCUCCCUUCCUUCUUCCCCCUGGACUCUGGAUUCCAGAUUCUGUGUUGGCGUCUGGACUCUGGGGUUUGAGGGAGGGUUUGACAAUCAGGACUGCCAGCUUAGGGUCGUAAGAUCUGUAGGACCCGGUUGAGGACUAUUCCCCGGUGCCUGCCUGGACCUGCUCCCCUCCCACUUCUUGUGGAGUGGGUUGUAGGGUGGAGAAUGCUGGCCUGAAGGGGGCCUACCAUGGAGGAGCUGCCAUCCUAAUGACAUCAAACGCUGGUUCUUUUAAGAUCGGUUCAAUCCGGACUGUUUUAACAUCGUGGUCAAUAGGGAUGAACUCAUUCGUAUGCCGAUUUGCGUUAUAUGCGCUACUCUCCGACUGAAUUUCUUGGCCUGCGGGAUUCCCCCAUCUCGCGGGAAUGGCCCUCCUCGCUAUCGAGGGCCUACCUCUACGAGGGGUCUUGGGACCUGGAGAGGUGGCAUGCG